AUAUCCUCAGCAGACAAGGAUCAUGGGAUCCAGGGUUUCACUGCCAGAGAGAAAGAUCAUACUUCUUGGGAAAACAGGAGACGGCAAAAGUAGCGCUGGGAAUACAAUUCUUGGAGAAAAUGUAUUCACCACUAAAAAUUGUAAUAUGGCUUCAUAUGGAAGAGUUGAAUAUCAAAAAAGAGAGGGGAAGGUUAAUGGAAGAAAGAUCACAGUUAUUGACACAACUGGAGCCUGUGACACAGAUCUUAAUGACGAGGAGAUAAAAUCUGAGAUCCUCAAAGCUCUAAUUAACUGCGCUCCUACCAUCGAUGCUUUUGUCGUUGUCCUACAGGUCGGAAGAUACACAGAACGUGAAAAUGCGGUGGUACAGAAAAUCCUGAAACCCUUCAAAGAAGAGCACUUCUUGAAACACACAGUGACCUUGUUCACAUUUGGUGAGCAACUGGAAGACCAAACCAUUGAAGAGUUUGUGAAGACCAGUUCACAUCUUCAGCAGCUGGUUGAUAAAUGUGGAGGACGCUGUCACGUCAUUGACAACAAACACUGGAAUAAAUGUAAAUGGGGCAACAAGAGCAACAAAGUACAGGUGAAAAAUCUGCUGAAUACCAUUGAUGAGAUGGAGGAGAAAGACAUUCAAGAGGAGGAGAAAGACAUUCAAGAGGAGGAGAAAGACAUUCAAGAGGAGGAAAAGACAUUCAAGAGGAGGAGAAACACAUUCAAGAGGAGGAGAAAAGACAUUCAAGAGGAGGAGAAGAAUAUAACAGAGGAAAAUGUGUCUCCAGAAGAGCAACGAGAAAAUCCAAAGGUGUAUCAGGCCAAGCAGCUCAAGUCUCUGGAUGAGGACCGCAGGACCCUGAAGUGCUUAAAGACCUCUGAUGCACCUCGGAUCUGGCCCUCAGAGCGAUGA